AUGACAUUCCACUUCCUCCUACCUCCCUACUGUGAGCUGCUGGCAGCUGUGCCGACUGCCGGUGCUUCUGUGCGGUUGUCUCGGUUUCCAUGUGGAAAGAUGACUGUGACCCCCAGAAGCCCCUGGGUGGCAGCUGGAAUUGUGACGGUGGUUCUCACAGUGCUGAGGACGCCCCUGGCUCACCGCAGAGGGACUCCAGAGGACUUCGUGUACCAGUUUAAGGGCACCUGCUACUUCACCAACGGGACGCAGCGCGUGCGGCUCGUGGCCACCGAAAUCUACAACCGACAGGAGAUCGUGCGCUUCGACAGCGACGUGGGGGUGUUCGUGGCUGUCACGGAGCUGGGGCGGCCCCACGCCGAGAGCUGGAACAGCCAGGAGGACCUGCUGCUGGUGUACCGGGCGCAGGUGGACGUGCUGUGCAGACACAACUACAAGGAGAUGUCUCCCUUCACUGUGCAGAGGCGAGUGAACGUGUCCCCCUCCAAGAAGGGGCCCCUGCAGCACCCCGACCUGCUUGUCUGCCACGUGACCGAUUUCUACCCCGGCCACGUUCAAGUCCGCUGGUUCCUGAAUGGACAGGAGGAAACGGCGGGGGUCGUGUCCACCAAUCUGAUCCAUAACGGGGACUGGACCUUCCAGAUCCUGGUGAUGCUGGAAAUGACCCCCCAGCAGGGGGAUGUCUACACCUGCCGCGUGGAGCACCCCAGCCUCCAGAGCCCCAUCACAGUGGAGUGGAGGGCGCAGACUGAAUCUGCCCAGAGCAAGAUGCUGAGUGGAAUUGGGGGCUUUGUGCUGGGGCUGGCCUUCCUGGGGCUGGGCCUUGUCGUCCACCUUUGGAAGAAGACAGGCUCUGCACUGACCCAGACAUUCUUCUUCCUGGAUUCGUCACCGCCUCUCCUUGGCCUUGACCUGCUGUUACCUCGUCCGAGGGUCCCAGCCUCCCCUCCACCAGGCCGGUGAGCAAGCCGCCUGUGCCAGCUGUCACCCCAGGUCCUGCCCCCAGAGACCGAGAGGCAGCUGCCGGCCUUCCUUUGGUUCUGUCUUUGCUGCGUGGCCUGUGACUGGUUUGCACCCGGUGCUGGAGGCUCUUGCCCGCCAUGUCUGUCUGAACCAAUGCCCAUUCUCAAUGGCGUUUCAGAUCCUGCUCUUCCUGAAGACAGCCCCUGAGUUCAGCGCCAAGCUCUUUUCUUUCAAUAAAUUUUUUUUUCAAAA